GAUGAAUAUGCCAUUACAACCUUAUCAUCCCUUUCAUUCCGCAUACGAAGCCUCCCCAUUUACUAUACCAUUUUAUCAAAACAGACGUCCAUACAUGGGUCAACCGGAUUACAGAAUUUUCGACUUAAAUAAGCGAUUAGCACAAAGAUGCGAGAGUAUGGGAUUGGAUCAAAGUGAAAAUUUAUGGUGGGAUGCUUUCGCAACUGAAUUUUUCGAAGAUGACGCGAUACUAACUUUACAAUUCUGCUUAGAGGAUGGUCUCAAAAGAUAUACAAUUGGACGGACAUUGAUACCGCGUUAUUUUCGGUCAAUCUUCGAAGGAGGCGUUACUGAUUUGUAUUUUGUUGUUAAGAAAUACAAGGAAUCUUUUCAUAACACAACUAUAACAUUGGAUUGCGAUCAAGCGUUUCAGGUCACCCAUCACGGUCAACCACUUUUCACCAAGGUUGUUACAGAAGGUAGACUCUUGCUGGAGUUUACUUGUGACGACAUGAUGAGAAUUCGAUCGUGGAAUUUUAGUAUGAGGAAUUUCAAAGAAUUUAUACCGCGUAAUGUAAUAGCCAUGCAACAACAAGAUGCUGGUAUGAUGGAGCAGUUGACGAAAAACAUUACUCGGCAAGGUCUUACCAAUUACACAUUGAAUUUUUUAAGGCUGUGCGUCAUACUAGAGCCGAUGCAGGAGUUAAUGUCGCGUCAUAAGGCUUACGGUUUGAACCCUAGAGACUGCCUGAAAACUACUCUUUUUCAGAAAUGGCAACGAAUGGUUGCGCCACCUGAAUCGUCGAGACAACCGAACAAACGUAGAAAAAGAAAGUCAUCAGCAGGAGCUGCUGGUACUCCAGGAGGGAGCGCUGGUUCAAGAGAAAGCACGCCUAAACAAAAACGUUCUCCUGGACCUCAGGGCUUCACACCCGGUGAUGUGAUGGUUGUUGGAGAACCUACGUUGAUGGGCGGAGAAUUCGGAGACGAGGACGAAAGGCUUAUAACACGCUUAGAGAAUAACCAAUUCGAACCGGAAAAUUCAGAAAUACCCACGUCAGCUGGUGUUUCCCCGAUGAACAGUCCUUGGCCCACUGGAGCUGGAAAUGGCGGUGGCAGCAGCGGAGGAAGUGCUGGCAAUACAAACAACAACCCAGGAAACGGAACCAACACAAAUGGCGGUACAGAAAAGAAAGCUAUACAUAAUGAUGUUCCAGACAUAAAGUCUGAAUAG